UUGCAGUUUACGCACGCGGGGUGCUGCGCGGCGCAGUCGCUUGUCGCGUAUCCACCUCCACAGCGGAGGCAACGGGCUUCGUAGGAGCAAGUGGCGCCGGCAUGGCCGUACACACCGCAGCGGUCGCACUGGAGUGGACGUGGCAGACGAGGUCGCACGAGCCGUCGUUGCUUGAAGAGAAGUACGUCCGUGGGGACGACGUUGCCGGCAAAGGUGACGCUCACGUUUGCGCCGUUGCGGGAACAGGAGAGAACGGGAACGGGAGCCUCUAUGUUGUCCCUCAGUGUGUCGUUGUCAAAGGAGCUGUCAACGCCGAAAAGGACGCCGACGCAAGAGUGCUUGCCGAGAGCUUUCGCCUUCACUGGUAUGUCCGCGAUGGCCCGUACAUCCAGCAAGCGGGACAGGUCCGCACCGGGCACAGAGUCUGCCGCAACCACGUUACGGCGAAAGUUGACUCGCACGCGUUUGACGCCAUCAAUGCGGCAAAGUUGGGCGGCGAUAAGGUCACUAGACAGCUUCAAAAAGUUGUUUUUGCGGCCGAUGGGACGGAAGAGCACAGUGUCGGCGGCAUUGUCAGGGGAGGCAUGUGCGUUUUGCGACGCAUCCGUGAUGAGCUCGGCAAACUGGCGGAAGCGUCGCUUCCUUUUUCGACCGGGCUUAGUAGGGGCUGAACGCUCAGAGAGCACUGCGGCGGCGUUUUCGUCUGCGGCAGCUGGCGUCUGUGACAGUUGGGGUGCAACGACGGGGAGUGGUGCAUUAGAGACGACGGCUAUUACACGGGUGGCAGGGCCGGAUGGAAGUUGGAGCUCGGAGACGGCGCAGGGGGGAACGCUCGGCGGCUGCUUGCGUGGCCCGGCAGGUGAAGCCGAUCACCGGGCCGUGCAUGUGGACGUGGGAGAGUCGGCGUCCGUCGAACGCCUGUUCGAGGCCAUCCAGGGGUUCAGCGGUGAAACGCCGGUCAGCAUAGUCGUCAACUGCGCCGGCAUCGAUACCCCCUUCACUUUGAUCACCGACUCGAGCGAAGUAGACUUCGAUCGUGUGAUAAAGGUGAACCUCAAGGGCCCUUUUCUGAUGAGCCGCGCCGGCAUCCGCCACAUGCUGGCGGCGGGCGUGAAAGACGGCACCAUCGUCAACGUGUCGAGCAUCACUGCCAAGAGCGGCUUCCGUGGUCUGAGCGGCUACACGGCAUCCAAGGCGGGCGUGCUUGGCCUCACUAAGACCUUGGCGAUGGAAGUGGCGCCCAUGGGGAUCCGUUGCAACGCCAUUUUGCCGGGCUACACGCUCACGCCGAUGUCCGACCAUCUGAGCGAAGAGGACCGCGUGGCGUACCUAGCCGGCAUCCCUCUUGGCCGGGCCGCACAGCCGCGCGAGAUGGCCGAGGUCGUGGCCUUUCUGUGUAGUCCCCAGAGCUCGUACAUCGUCGGCGCUGUGGUCGACGUCGCCGGAGGAGCAUCGCUUUAACGAGCCCUCUAGGAACCCCAUUGUGCGACGCUAUGGACGCUGUGAAUAAAUAUAGCAUAUACAGCGUCUAAUAUUUUUAAAGGGAAGCUUUCUUAGCGACCGAACCCUUCCGAACUUUAUUUGAGCGCGGCUGCUAGUGUCUGCCGAACAGCUGAACACAGAACUGCACAUAAGCAACGAUUGGGCUUAUACGUAUAGCCACCUGUUCUACCCACACAGAUGUGCCGAUACCCGGCUCUGUUCUCUAUGUAAUCACGCAAUGAAACGACAAAGACUACACAAAUGUUCUUACAGCUACAAAUAUACGCCUUCAAGCGCAUCAUUCCUUAAUUAAAACGAAUAUCUUUCUUUGGAUCUUCAUUUUGUUUACAUGGUCGGAGGAGUAGGUCACCUGAAUCGCACACAUAAGUUAUCUCCCGCCAACGCUAACUUUAUAUUGCCGAUUUUAACGAAUUUGAGCGGGGCCGCAGUCGAGCAAAGAUGGAGGCUGGAUCCAGGACCGUGUCGAUCGAUGCUCAGCUUGAGCCCUAUCACAUCUUUUCUCGAUUUCGAUUGCGGUGCUUGUUAAUGGCGAACGUCCUAUGUUGGUCAAGCACACCGUGGUCAUUGGCGCCAAAUAAAGAAAGUGCGCAGUCGAAGUCGUUGGCCUAUAUUCUCGCAAACGUCUGCCAUGCAAGCGUAGUCGAAUGCCGUCUCGGUGCGUUUCCGUGAUGCCGCUGAAGUCUGCGUCAGUGACGCUUUUUGUUCUUCUACAGCGGGGAGGUUGUCACCUAUAAGAGACAUUUCCUUCCGGGGACUACUGCUUACUGCUUUAAACGCGCAGAGUUUACGGAACAAAGACGACCAAUUAAACACAUUCUUCAUGUCCUUAGGCUUCGAGUUCGAUAUUUUGGCCUUUACGGAAACUUGGUACAAUACCGCUCAAGAUGCAAUCCAAAUCAAUGGUUACAAACCUGAAUGCUUGAGCAGGUGUAGUAAAAAAGGGGGUGGGGUUGCUUUAUACAUAAAAAACGCUAUUCAUUAUGAAGUAAUGGCUGAACACUGUGCUAUGUUCUCCAACUACGAACUUCUUUUUGUCAGAUGUAGAACUUUCAUAAUUGGCGUUGUUUAUAGGCCUCCCGCUGGGUCUCUGGUUGAAUUUUUCCGUCGAUUUGAAACAUUGCUGGAUUCUCUGUCGUCACUGAAAAUGCCUGUGGUAAUUUUGGGUGACUUUAACAUUGACUUGUUGCAACCUGCUAACACAUCAGUGAAUGAUUUUGUCGACCUGUUAUCAAUGUAUGGCUUUUCAAACAAUAUUGCUCUGCCUACUCGCAUCUCUGCAUCCAGUGAAACCUUGAUUGAUUUGUGUCUGACUAAUCAUGAUGAAAGUGACGUGAAAGCGGGAGUGCUUGUAAAUGCAAUCAGUGAUCAUUUACCUUUGUUCUGCUUCAUUCCUAAGCGCACUUCUCCACAGGUUACCAUAGAAAACUCGACAAAAGCUACGCGGAUGAUAACUAAUCGCGCGAUAGAUAACUUCCGUCAAAAUAUUGCAUCUGUAAACUGGAAUGAAAUUUUAGAUGAAAAUAAAUCUGAUUCAAACCUUUUAUACAACAGUUUUCUCGAGAAAAUUAUUGAAAUUUACGAACACUCUUUUCCUUUGGUAACUGUUAGAAAGUUUAAGAAAGCGAGGAAACCCUGGGUUACCUAGGACUUAGUCAAGAGAAUGAAAGCAGGAGAUAAGCUCUUCAGCAACUUCCUGAAAUAUAAGGACGCAGAAAAUUUUAAGCAACAUAAAAAGGUCAGGAACAGGCUAAGUGCCGACAUAAAAAAGUCACGUGUUGAUUACUACGCUAAAAAAUUUACGGACAUUCUUUAUGAUCCUAAAAAAACUUGGCGAACUCUAAAGGACCUAUUUCGGCACACAAAAAAUAGCAUUCCCCAGGAACUUACGUACGGCGAUAAAGUGCUAAGUGGUAAAUUCCUCGCUGAAGUAUUCAAUCAGCAGUUCUUGUGCUUUGGCUCCUUUGACUCAGAAGUUAGCAACAACUUUAAGGACUAUAUUAACACCAGUUUGCAAAAUACUAUGUAUCUUUGUCCUGUUACACCUACAGAAAUAGCACACAUUAUUAGCAAUUUAAAGAACAGCUCUUCUUGUGGUUAUGACGGUAUUAAAAUAGCACCAAUUAAAGCAGUCGCGAAUUUAUUAUGCAAUGUUCUUUGUGACAUAACAAAUAUUGUGUUUUCUACAGGCACAUUUCCGGAUAACAUGAAAAUUGCUAGGAUCGUCGUCUUGCAUAAAGGUGGCGCAACUGAUUGCAUCACUCAUUACAGGCCGAUAUCCAUACUUCCAGUUUUUUCUAAAAUUAUUGAAAAAGCCUUAAAUUCUAGAAUAACUGGACACAUGCAAAAGCAUAACCUUAUAUCCCCGAAUGAGUAUGGCUUUCAAAGGGGUAAAUCCACUGAAUCUGCGUUACUUGAAAUACGUGAUAAAAUUGUUGCCAAUAUAGAAAACCAACAAUACACAAUAGGCUUAUUUUUAGACUUUAAUAAAGCAUUUGAUUCAAUUAAACAUGACAUACUUUUUUCUAAAUUACCCUUUUAUGGAAUUAGAGGCAUUGCUUUAGGCUUACUGCGUAGCUAUCUAUCGCACCGCUCCCAAUUUGUGGAAAUCAACAGCAUAAAAUCAGAUUUAGCAGACAUUAGGUACGGCGUCCCGCAGGGUUCUAGUAUAGGUCCUACGAUUUUCCUUCUUUAUAUCAAUGAUAUCGUGGCAAUACCAGAAACACCCGACCUUUUAUUAUAUGCCGACGAUACAAACGUUUUUUUCUCCUCUGAUAACAUCUCUACUCUAAUUCCUCUUAUUAACAACUGGUUAAAUUCCCUUUCAGUGUGGCUAUCGGCUAAUCAGUUGAGACUAAAUGUUAAAAAAACAAAGUAUAUUGUUUUUACUCCUAUUAACAAACCAGUUAAGUUCGCAUCUUCUUUAAUAUUUCAAUCGCAACCACUUGAAAGGGUUUCCCAGUACAAGUUCUUGGGUGUACUCUUCCAUGAAAAUCUACGGUGGACGCAUUACGUAAGUUAUAUUAAACGUAGCAUAGCACAAUUAAUUGGUAUGCUCAAUAAGCAUCGCACGCUGUUACCUUUAAAACUUGAACGUCAGUUAUACUUUUCUACUAUUCAUUCUAGAUUCCACUAUUGUCUACUUAUCUGGGGCGUCACUUCUAAGGCUAACUUGGAAACUCUAUUCCGAAUGCAGAAAAAGUGUAUUCGUAUUAUUCAUAACCUAUCGAUGUACGAACAUACCUCUGAGUACUUUCACCAGGACAGUAUUUUGAGUGUCGCUAGUCUAUAUAAACAAAAGUUAUCCGAAAAAGCUUUUUUAGAAUUCAUAAGUAAUCGUGAGAACCUUUUUCUAUAUAUAUUAAUACCACAACUAACUACACUUUAAGAGCUAGGAACUUUAUUAAGGUAAAAACUAGAACAAACUACGGCAAUCAGCUUUUACAGUGGCAGAUUCCUAAUUUACUUAAUGAUGAGCAUGCUUUAUUUGAUAUCAUGCAAGAUUCCUCAACCAUUUCAAUAUUCAGAAAGAAAUCAAAACUGUAUUUUUCCAACAAUUGACACCUGUUUUUUGUAAUUUAUUUUCUGUUUUUCGACUGAUAUGCAAUUUCAUGCGUUGCAAGACUUUUUUGUUCCCAUUUGGCUUUUGGCCUUCCUGUAUCUUUCUGUACGCACUUUAUUUCUUCAUUUUCAUUAUUUAUACUUAUUGUGUUGCAUUGAUUUAUUGUAUGUAUAAUUGUACCAUUCGUAUAUAUAAGUAUGUAUAUGUGUGUAUUAUGUGUAUAUAUGUAUACAUUUUUUUUUGCACUGUUGUCUGCUGUGCUCGUGGCGCCAGGGGCCUAGUCAGGCGUGUAUAGUCUCGCCUUUUGCUCCGGCGCCAUGACAAUCUUGUAUUGUCAAAAUUAUAAUAAACUUCAAACUUCAAACUAAG